ACCCCUCCCAAUCCAGCCCCAGAAUGGCACUGCCACCUAGCCCCCUGGCCAUGGAAUAUGUCAAUGACUUUGACUUGAUGAAGUUUGAGGUAAAGCGGGAACCCUCGGAGGGGCGAUCUGCCCCUCCUACAGCCUCACUGGGUUCCACCCCCUACAGCUCAGUGCCUCCUUCACCCACCUUCAGUGAGCCAGGCAUGGUGGGGGCCACCGAGGGACCCCGGCCAGGCCUGGAGGAGCUGUACUGGCUGGCCACCCUACAGCAACAGCUGGGGGCUGGGGAGGCACUGGGGCUGAGUCCGGAGGAGGCCGUGGAGCUGCUGCAGGGUCAGAGCCCAGUCCCUGGUGAGGGGCCCCAUGGCUACUACCCAGGGAGCCCGGAGGAGACCGGAGCCCAGCAUACCCAGCUGGCCGAGCGGUUUUCGGACGCGGCGCUGGUGUCGAUGUCUGUGCGGGAGCUAAACCGGCAGCUGCGGGGCUGCGGGCGCGACGAGGCGCUGCGGCUGAAGCAGAGGCGCCGCACGCUGAAGAACCGCGGUUACGCGCAGGCCUGUCGCUCCAAGCGGCUGCAGCAGCGGCGCGGGCUGGAGGCCGAGCGUGCCCGUCUGGCCGCCCAGCUGGACGCGCUGAGGGCCGAGGUAGCCCGCCUGGCCAGGGAGCGCGACCUCUACAAGGCUCGCUGUGACCGGCUGACCUCGAGCGGCCCCGGGUCCGGGGACCACGCCCACUUCUUCCUCUGAGCCGCUUGGGGCCGCAGAAUGGCGGAGUAGGUGGGUGGGGGGCACCACCCAGGAGGCGGCGGUACCAUUCACUAGGUGGUUACUGAGCACCUUCUGGUGCCAGACGCUCCCUUGUAUGACCACGCAAAUAUCCCCAAACUUGCUGGACCCUCAAGGCAUGCUCCGAAGUUAGAUGCUGAUCAUUAUCUGGGAAGAGGGGUGCCCUCUCACGCAGAUCGUGCACAGAAACUCUCCACCUCCCGCCCCAUCCCAAAUGACCAGGACGCUGAGAUCUGCAGAGCCAGUGCCGGGCCCUGUGUGUGUGUGUGGAGCGUGGAUGAUGGCUGGGUGACACAGUGAAUGAGGGUGCAGCUUCCCCCUCAGUUUAGAUUUUAAUUCAAGGUUUUCAACCUGUAGUGCAUUAAGGUGGUAAUUAGCAACGAGGCUGUAUUUUCAUUCGGAGGCUUGUAAUCUCCCCAUUGUAGGACUACUGCAUUUUCAAGAUUUCAAUUCCCACUAGCAAGACAGACUAGGAACUCUAUCCAAGAGGCUUUCUUCCUACGCAACCGGUGGCCUCCAAGGCCCAGAGCAGUGAAGGCCUGAGGAGCUCUGGGGAUGGCUGGUGUGGGCCGGGAGAGAACCCUGGGCAGAAGUCUGGAGACCUGGGCCCUAGUCCCAGCUGUGCCACAGGAUACCUCUGUCACCUGGAGCAAAUCCCUUGCUCCCUGUGUCUGGAUUACCUAAUCUAAUCCUCAUUUGGCUUGGAUGACUUCUGACACCUUUCCAGUCUGGCAUUUUCUUAGUGUGGGAGUCCCUAAGACAACUUCACCAAAGGGACUUGCUGUCCUACUCUAGCUUCCUGACUGCAGCUUGGGCAGUGGGUGAGCCCAUGCGCUGGUCUUCUGCUGCUCCCUCCAGGCUGCCUUGGCCUCCAAACCUGCAUAGGUGCCCCUGCUACCUCCUGCCUCUCUGAGGGCUAAGGUGAGACUUUCUCCAGCAUGACGAGGAGCUGAGAGAAUGCAGCUUUUGUGAAUUAAACUUGAAGUCCAGGCAGAACUUUACACUAUUGGUUAAAUGUUCUUGCAAUUUAAGAAGUGUUCAUUCUUUAUCCUGGCUCCAGGCUUCUGUGUGUGUGUGUGUGUAUGAGAGAAAGAGAGAGAGAGGGAACCCCCCACCUGGACUGCGUGGUGCAUCUCAGUUCUGGAGGCCCAAUGAAAAUGGGGUGGACGGGUGGGGAUUGGGCCAGAUGGAGCCUUCCCCUCCCACUACCACAGCACAGAAGCCUAGGAGCAGCAGUGACCAGCUUGGCCCGCCUAUGGCUAUCCAGAGGUCUCACAGUUGCCAUGGUAACCCAGCCCUCUGGUUCAGCAGCCUAUGGAGAGAGUGGGCGGGGAUCUGGGCAGAGCAGAGGCAUUGAACUGAGAGUAGCUACCUCACCAGCCACUGUUGUAGAUCCUCUAAGGGACACAAUAAAUGGGAGAAGCAGUGAGGCGUGGGGAAGAGCCUCCCAUAUGUCUCUCUUCCUUUCUGCCCCCCUCCAUCCACCCCCUCCCCAGCUGUCUCUUCCCAUCACAAUUCUUGUUCCCUCCUCCCCCUCCUCUAGCCCAGCUCAUCCCUCCUCCACUCAGGAGCCUGACAUGGGAGGCCUCUCCUCCAUCUCCCCCAGGAUUUCUUUCUCUUCUCCUCUCCCUUUCCCACUACUGGCCACUGGCCACCGUCUCUGGCUCUGGCUCCUCUCUCUUAGGCUCAUGGCACCUUUAGCUUCUCCUCCUUCAUGCCCUUCCACAGCAUCAUUGAAGGGGGAGGCUGGGGCAGGGAGGGUCCUUCCAGGAGCCCAGCUCUUCUUCCUCACUCUGGGUAUCACCUGUGUCCUUGCCUGCCCUCUGGAACUGCAAGCCAGACCCACCGCCGCUCUUGCACUUGACUGGCUGAGGCCCUGCACAGCACACACACGGGCAGACAUGCCCAUCCACAGGCACCCACAUCUCUACAACAAUCAGGCCACAUAUAUGGACACCUGGGUCUCAAGAUGAGGGUCACAGGGAUACACCUCACACAGAAGUUGCACACUAGUGAUUAAGACUGUGGGCACUUUGGGCAGAGGAGCCUGUGCUCAAGUUCCAGGCCUACCAGAUCUUUACUACGGGUGAGUUCAAAUCAAGCCUCACUUGCUUUGUCAGAAAAUGGGGAAAGUAAUGGUAACUACCUAGUGAGAAUGCAUGCAUUUUAAGCACUUAGCACAAAGCUUCACGCGUGCUAAAGAAGCAUGUUUGCUGCUGUCGUUAAUGUUAUUAAGAAUACACAGCUGGACUUCCUGAACCAUAAAGGCCACACUCAUGGAGAGUCAGGGAGAUGCAAGAACACACGCACACAUUCACACACCCAGGAAAACCAGGCUGCACGGACCUUAGGUGCCCCCUCUGUAUUCGUAAUUCACUAGCAGACCUGCUGCCUCCUGCAGUGCCCCCCAAUACCCCUUCUCGGCCCGCCCCACAGCUGUGUGGGGGCCGGGGUUCAGCCCCUGGGGGACUCAGCUGGGCUCCUCUGGAGACAGCUGUAAGAGGGUAUCAGCCUGCCCCUUGACAGCCCCUUAUUACCCCCCAUCUCCAGUAAUUAAUCCUCAUGGUGCCUGGGCCCCCUGGGGUUGGGAGGGGAGGGGAGGGGCUGCUCAGAUCCCACUGGCACAUAGUUGAGGUGAACCUGUAGGGACAUCAGGCUGCCUGGAAUUCUGGCUCAGAUUUUGAAAGGCGCUGGUCCUCAUUUCUUAAUGGUGUGUGUGUGGGUGCUACGGCCUGCCCACUGGGCAUCUGAGGCAUGAGGGGUAGAGGCUGAGAUGCUAGGAGUGGUUCCCUUUAUUAACAGCCAGAAAGUCAGAUUACUGAAGAAAGUCACUGAGGGGCCACAAGGUUGAAGGGUGUGGGGCCUGGAGAGAUGGGGACAGGG